GAACCCGAACCCGAACCCGAACCCGAACCCGAACCCGAACCCGAACCCGAACCCGAACCCGAACCCGAACCCGAACCCGAACCCGAACCCGAACCCGAACCCGAACCCGAACCCGAACCCGAACCCGAACCCGAACCCGAACCCGAACCCGAACCCGAACCCGAACCCGAACCCGAACCCGAACCCGAACCCGAACCCGAACCCGAACCCGAACCCGAACCCGAACCCGAACCCGAACCCGAACCCGAACCCGAACCCGAACCCGAACCCGAACCCGAACCCGAACCCGAACCCGAACCCGAACCCGAACCCGAACCCGAACCCGAACCCGAACCCGAACCCGAACCCGAACCCGAACCCGAACCCGAACCCGAACCCGAACCCGAACCCGAACCCGAACCCGAACCCCCGAACCAACCCGAACCCGAACCCGAACCCGAACCCGAACCCGAACCCGAACCCGAACCCGAACCCGAACCCGAACCCGAACCCGAACCCGAACCCGAACCCGAACCCGAACCCGAACCCGAACCCGAACCCGAACCCGAACCCGAACCCGAACCCGAACCCGAACCCGAACCCGAACCCGAACCCGAACCCGAACCCGAACCCGAACCCGAACCCGAACCCGAACCCGAACCCGAACCCGAACCCGAACCCGAACCCGAACCCGAACCCGAACCCGAACCCGAACCCGAACCCGAACCCGAACCCGAACCCGAACCCGAACCCGAACCCGAACCCGAACCCGAACCCGAACCCGAACCCGAACCCGAACCCGAACCCGAACCCGAACCCGAACCCGAACCCGAACCCGAACCCGAACCCGAACCCGAACCCGAACCCGAACCCGAACCCGAACCCGAACCCGAACCCGAACCCGAACCCGAACCCGAACCCGAACCCGAACCCGAACCCGAACCCGAACCCGAACCCGAACCCGAACCCGAACCCGAACCCGAACCCGAACCCGAACCCGAACCCGAACCCGAACCCGAACCCGAACCCGAACCCGAACCCGAACCCGAACCCGAACCCGAACCCGAACCCGAACCCGAACCCGAACCCGAACCCGAACCCGAACCCGAACCCGAACCCGAACCCGAACCCGAACCCGAACCCGAACCCGAACCCGAACCCGAACCCGAACCCGAACCCGAACCCGAACCCGAACCCGAACCCGAACCCGAACCCGAACCCGAACCCGAACCCGAACCCGAACCCGAACCCGAACCCGAACCCGAACCCGAACCCGAACCCGAACCCGAACCCGAACCCGAACCCGAACCCGAACCCGAACCCGAACCCGAACCCGAACCCGAACCCGAACCCGAACCCGAACCCGAACCCGAACCCGAACCCGAACCCGAACCCGAACCCGAACCCGAACCCGAACCCGAACCCGAACCCGAACCCGAACCCGAACCCGAACCCGAACCCGAACCCGAACCCGAACCCGAACCCGAACCCGAACCCGAACCCGAACCCGAACCCGAACCCGAACCCGAACCCGAACCCGAACCCGAACCCGAACCCGAACCCGAACCCGAACCCGAACCCGAACCCGAACCCGAACCCGAACCCGAACCCGAACCCGAACCCGAACCCGAACCCGAACCCGAACCCGAACCCGAACCCGAACCCGAACCCGAACCCGAACCCGAACCCGAACCCGAACCCGAACCCGAACCCGAACCCGAACCCGAACCCGAACCCGAACCCGAACCCGAACCCGAACCCGAACCCGAACCCGAACCCGAACCCGAACCCGAACCCGAACCCGAACCCGAACCCGAACCCGAACCCGAACCCGAACCCGAACCCGAACCCGAACCCGAACCCGAACCCGAACCCGAACCCGAACCCGAACCCGAACCCGAACCCGAACCCGAACCCGAACCCGAACCCGAACCCGAACCCGAACCCGAACCCGAACCCGAACCCGAACCCGAACCCGAACCCGAACCCGAACCCGAACCCGAACCCGAACCCGAACCCGAACCCGAACCCGAACCCGAACCCGAACCCGAACCCGAACCCGAACCCGAACCCGAACCCGAACCCGAACCCGAACCCGAACCCGAACCCGAACCCGAACCCGAACCCGAACCCGAACCCGAACCCGAACCCGAACCCGAACCCGAACCCGAACCCGAACCCGAACCCGAACCCGAACCCGAACCCGAACCCGAACCCGAACCCGAACCCGAACCCGAACCCGAACCCGAACCCGAACCCGAACCCGAACCCGAACCCGAACCCGAACCCGAACCCGAACCCGAACCCGAACCCGAACCCGAACCCGAACCCGAACCCGAACCCGAACCCGAACCCGAACCCGAACCCGAACCCGAACCCGAACCCGAACCCGAACCCGAACCCGAACCCGAACCCGAACCCGAACCCGAACCCGAACCCGAACCCGAACCCGAACCCGAACCCGAACCCGAACCCGAACCCGAACCCGAACCCGAACCCGAACCCGAACCCGAACCCGAACCCGAACCCGAACCCGAACCCGAACCCGAACCCGAACCCGAACCCGAACCCGAACCCGAACCCGAACCCGAACCCGAACCCGAACCCGAACCCGAACCCGAACCCGAACCCGAACCCGAACCCGAACCCGAACCCGAACCCGAACCCGAACCCGAACCCGAACCCGAACCCGAACCCGAACCCGAACCCGAACCCGAACCCGAACCCGAACCCGAACCCGAACCCGAACCCGAACCCGAACCCGAACCCGAACCCGAACCCGAACCCGAACCCGAACCCGAACCCGAACCCGAACCCGAACCCGAACCCGAACCCGAACCCGAACCCGAACCCGAACCCGAACCCGAACCCGAACCCGAACCCGAACCCGAACCCGAACCCGAACCCGAACCCGAACCCGAACCCGAACCCGAACCCGAACCCGAACCCGAACCCGAACCCGAACCCGAACCCGAACCCGAACCCGAACCCGAACCCGAACCCGAACCCGAACCCGAACCCGAACCCGAACCCGAACCCGAACCCGAACCCGAACCCGAACCCGAACCCGAACCCGAACCCGAACCCGAACCCGAACCCGAACCCGAACCCGAACCCGAACCCGAACCCGAACCCGAACCCGAACCCGAACCCGAACCCGAACCCGAACCCGAACCCGAACCCGAACCCGAACCCGAACCCGAACCCGAACCCGAACCCGAACCCGAACCCGAACCCGAACCCGAACCCGAACCCGAACCCGAACCCGAACCCGAACCCGAACCCGAACCCGAACCCGAACCCGAACCCGAACCCGAACCCGAACCCGAACCCGAACCCGAACCCGAACCCGAACCCGAACCCGAACCCGAACCCGAACCCGAACCCGAACCCGAACCCGAACCCGAACCCGAACCCGAACCCGAACCCGAACCCGAACCCGAACCCGAACCCGAACCCGAACCCGAACCCGAACCCGAACCCGAACCCGAACCCGAACCCGAACCCGAACCCGAACCCGAACCCGAACCCGAACCCGAACCCGAACCCGAACCCGAACCCGAACCCGAACCCGAACCCGAACCCGAACCCGAACCCGAACCCGAACCCGAACCCGAACCCGAACCCGAACCCGAACCCGAACCCGAACCCGAACCCGAACCCGAACCCGAACCCGAACCCGAACCCGAACCCGAACCCGAACCCGAACCCGAACCCGAACCCGAACCCGAACCCGAACCCGAACCCGAACCCGAACCCGAACCCGAACCCGAACCCGAACCCGAACCCGAACCCGAACCCGAACCCGAACCCGAACCCGAACCCGAACCCGAACCCGAACCCGAACCCGAACCCGAACCCGAACCCGAACCCGAACCCGAACCCGAACCCGAACCCGAACCCGAACCCGAACCCGAACCCGAACCCGAACCCGAACCCGAACCCGAACCCGAACCCGAACCCGAACCCGAACCCGAACCCGAACCCGAACCCGAACCCGAACCCGAACCCGAACCCGAACCCGAACCCGAACCCGAACCCGAACCCGAACCCGAACCCGAACCCGAACCCGAACCCGAACCCGAACCCGAACCCGAACCCGAACCCGAACCCGAACCCGAACCCGAACCCGAACCCGAACCCGAACCCGAACCCGAACCCGAACCCGAACCCGAACCCGAACCCGAACCCGAACCCGAACCCGAACCCGAACCCGAACCCGAACCCGAACCCGAACCCGACCCCGAACCCGAACCCGAACCCGAACCCGAACCCGAACCCGAACCCGACCCCGAACCCGAACCCGAACCCGAACCCGAACCCGAACCCGAACCCGAACCCGAACCCGAACCCGAACCCGAACCCGAACCCGAACCCGAACCCGAACCCGAACCCGAACCCGAACCCGAACCCGAACCCGAACCCGAACCCGAACCCGAACCCGAACCCGAACCCGAACCCGAACCCGAACCCGAACCCGAACCCGAACCCGAACCCGAACCCGAACCCGAACCCGAACCCGAACCCGAACCCGAACCCGAACCCGAACCCGAACCCGAACCCGAACCCGAACCCGAACCCGAACCCGAACCCGAACCCGAACCCGAACCCGAACCCGAACCCGAACCCGAACCCGAACCCGAACCCGAACCCGAACCCGAACCCGAACCCGAACCCGAACCCGAACCCGAACCCGAACCCGAACCCGAACCCGAACCCGAACCCGAACCCGAACCCGAACCCGAACCCGAACCCGAACCCGAACCCGAACCCGAACCCGAACCCGAACCCGAACCCGAACCCGAACCCGAACCCGAACCCGAACCCGAACCCGAACCCGAACCCGAACCCGAACCCGAACCCGAACCCGAACCCGAACCCGAACCCGAACCCGAACCCGAACCCGAACCCGAACCCGAACCCGAACCCGAACCCGAACCCGAACCCGAACCCGAACCCGAACCCGAACCCGAACCCGAACCCGAACCCGAACCCGAACCCGAACCCGAACCCGAACCCGAACCCGAACCCGAACCCGAACCCGAACCCGAACCCGAACCCGAACCCGAACCCGAACCCGAACCCGAACCCGAACCCGAACCCGAACCCGAACCCGAACCCGAACCCGAACCCGAACCCGAACCCGAACCCGAACCCGAACCCGAACCCGAACCCGAACCCGAACCCGAACCCGAACCCGAACCCGAACCCGAACCCGAACCCGAACCCGAACCCGAACCCGAACCCGAACCCGAACCCGAACCCGAACCCGAACCCGAACCCGAACCCGAACCCGAACCCGAACCCGAACCCGAACCCGAACCCGAACCCGAACCCGAACCCGAACCCGAACCCGAACCCGAACCCGAACCCGAACCCGAACCCGAACCCGAACCCGAACCCGAACCCGAACCCGAACCCGAACCCGAACCCGAACCCGAACCCGAACCCGAACCCGAACCCGAACCCGAACCCGAACCCGAACCCGAACCCGAACCCGAACCCGAACCCGAACCCGAACCCGAACCCGAACCCGAACCCGAACCCGAACCCGAACCCGAACCCGAACCCGAACCCGAACCCGAACCCGAACCCGAACCCGAACCCGAACCCGAACCCGAACCCGAACCCGAACCCGAACCCGAACCCGAACCCGAACCCGAACCCGAACCCGAACCCGAACCCGAACCCGAACCCGAACCCGAACCCGAACCCGAACCCGAACCCGAACCCGAACCCGAACCCGAACCCGAACCCGAACCCGAACCCGAACCCGAACCCGAACCCGAACCCGAACCCGAACCCGAACCCGAACCCGAACCCGAACCCGAACCCGAACCCGAACCCGAACCCGAACCCGAACCCGAACCCGAACCCGAACCCGAACCCGAACCCGAACCCGAACCCGAACCCGAACCCGAACCCGAACCCGAACCCGAACCCGAACCCGAACCCGAACCCGAACCCGAACCCGAACCCGAACCCGAACCCGAACCCGAACCCGAACCCGAACCCGAACCCGAACCCGAACCCGAACCCGAACCCGAACCCGAACCCGAACCCGAACCCGAACCCGAACCCGAACCCGAACCCGAACCCGAACCCGAACCCGAACCCGAACCCGAACCCGAACCCGAACCCGAACCCGAACCCGAACCCGAACCCGAACCCGAACCCGAACCCGAACCCGAACCCGAACCCGAACCCGAACCCGAACCCGAACCCGAACCCGAACCCGAACCCGAACCCGAACCCGAACCCGAACCCGAACCCGAACCCGAACCCGAACCCGAACCCGAACCCGAACCCGAACCCGAACCCGAACCCGAACCCGAACCCGAACCCGAACCCGAACCCGAACCCGAACCCGAACCCGAACCCGAACCCGAACCCGAACCCGAACCCGAACCCGAACCCGAACCCGAACCCGAACCCGAACCCGAACCCGAACCCGAACCCGAACCCGAACCCGAACCCGAACCCGAACCCGAACCCGAACCCGAACCCGAACCCGAACCCGAACCCGAACCCGAACCCGAACCCGAACCCGAACCCGAACCCGAACCCGAACCCGAACCCGAACCCGAACCCGAACCCGAACCCGAACCCGAACCCGAACCCGAACCCGAACCCGAACCCGAACCCGAACCCGAACCCGAACCCGAACCCGAACCCGAACCCGAACCCGAACCCGAACCCGAACCCGAACCCGAACCCGAACCCGAACCCGAACCCGAACCCGAACCCGAACCCGAACCCGAACCCGAACCCGAACCCGAACCCGAACCCGAACCCGAACCCGAACCCGAACCCGAACCCGAACCCGAACCCGAACCCGAACCCGAACCCGAACCCGAACCCGAACCCGAACCCGAACCCGAACCCGAACCCGAACCCGAACCCGAACCCGAACCCGAACCCGAACCCGAACCCGAACCCGAACCCGAACCCGAACCCGAACCCGAACCCGAACCCGAACCCGAACCCGAACCCGAACCCGAACCCGAACCCGAACCCGAACCCGAACCCGAACCCGAACCCGAACCCGAACCCGAACCCGAACCCGAACCCGAACCCGAACCCGAACCCGAACCCGAACCCGAACCCGAACCCGAACCCGAACCCGAACCCGAACCCGAACCCGAACCCGAACCCGAACCCGAACCCGAACCCGAACCCGAACCCGAACCCGAACCCGAACCCGAACCCGAACCCGAACCCGAACCCGAACCCGAACCCGAACCCGAACCCGAACCCGAACCCGAACCCGAACCCGAACCCGAACCCGAACCCGAACCCGAACCCGAACCCGAACCCGAACCCGAACCCGAACCCGAACCCGAACCCGAACCCGAACCCGAACCCGAACCCGAACCCGAACCCGAACCCGAACCCGAACCCGAACCCGAACCCGAACCCGAACCCGAACCCGAACCCGAACCCGAACCCGAACCCGAACCCGAACCCGAACCCGAACCCGAACCCGAACCCGAACCCGAACCCGAACCCGAACCCGAACCCGAACCCGAACCCGAACCCGAACCCGAACCCGAACCCGAACCCGAACCCGAACCCGAACCCGAACCCGAACCCGAACCCGAACCCGAACCCGAACCCGAACCCGAACCCGAACCCGAACCCGAACCCGAACCCGAACCCGAACCCGAACCCGAACCCGAACCCGAACCCGAACCCGAACCCGAACCCGAACCCGAACCCGAACCCGAACCCGAACCCGAACCCGAACCCGAACCCGAACCCGAACCCGAACCCGAACCCGAACCCGAACCCGAACCCGAACCCGAACCCGAACCCGAACCCGAACCCGAACCCGAACCCGAACCCGAACCCGAACCCGAACCCGAACCCGAACCCGAACCCGAACCCGAACCCGAACCCGAACCCGAACCCGAACCCGAACCCGAACCCGAACCCGAACCCGAACCCGAACCCGAACCCGAACCCGAACCCGAACCCGAACCCGAACCCGAACCCGAACCCGAACCCGAACCCGAACCCGAACCCGAACCCGAACCCGAACCCGAACCCGAACCCGAACCCGAACCCGAACCCGAACCCGAACCCGAACCCGAACCCGAACCCGAACCCGAACCCGAACCCGAACCCGAACCCGAACCCGAACCCGAACCCGAACCCGAACCCGAACCCGAACCCGAACCCGAACCCGAACCCGAACCCGAACCCGAACCCGAACCCGAACCCGAACCCGAACCCGAACCCGAACCCGAACCCGAACCCGAACCCGAACCCGAACCCGAACCCGAACCCGAACCCGAACCCGAACCCGAACCCGAACCCGAACCCGAACCCGAACCCGAACCCGAACCCGAACCCGAACCCGAACCCGAACCCGAACCCGAACCCGAACCCGAACCCGAACCCGAACCCGAACCCGAACCCGAACCCGAACCCGAACCCGAACCCGAACCCGAACCCGAACCCGAACCCGAACCCGAACCCGAACCCGAACCCGAACCCGAACCCGAACCCGAACCCGAACCCGAACCCGAACCCGAACCCGAACCCGAACCCGAACCCGAACCCGAACCCGAACCCGAACCCGAACCCGAACCCGAACCCGAACCCGAACCCGAACCCGAACCCGAACCCGAACCCGAACCCGAACCCGAACCCGAACCCGAACCCGAACCCGAACCCGAACCCGAACCCGAACCCGAACCCGAACCCGAACCCGAACCCGAACCCGAACCCGAACCCGAACCCGAACCCGAACCCGAACCCGAACCCGAACCCGAACCCGAACCCGAACCCGAACCCGAACCCGAACCCGAACCCGAACCCGAACCCGAACCCGAACCCGAACCCGAACCCGAACCCGAACCCGAACCCGAACCCGAACCCGAACCCGAACCCGAACCCGAACCCGAACCCGAACCCGAACCCGAACCCGAACCCGAACCCGAACCCGAACCCGAACCCGAACCCGAACCCGAACCCGAACCCGAACCCGAACCCGAACCCGAACCCGAACCCGAACCCGAACCCGAACCCGAACCCGAACCCGAACCCGAACCCGAACCCGAACCCGAACCCGAACCCGAACCCGAACCCGAACCCGAACCCGAACCCGAACCCGAACCCGAACCCGAACCCGAACCCGAACCCGAACCCGAACCCGAACCCGAACCCGAACCCGAACCCGAACCCGAACCCGAACCCGAACCCGAACCCGAACCCGAACCCGAACCCGAACCCGAACCCGAACCCGAACCCGAACCCGAACCCGAACCCGAACCCGAACCCGAACCCGAACCCGAACCCGAACCCGAACCCGAACCCGAACCCGAACCCGAACCCGAACCCGAACCCGAACCCGAACCCGAACCCGAACCCGAACCCGAACCCGAACCCGAACCCGAACCCGAACCCGAACCCGAACCCGAACCCGAACCCGAACCCGAACCCGAACCCGAACCCGAACCCGAACCCGAACCCGAACCCGAACCCGAACCCGAACCCGAACCCGAACCCGAACCCGAACCCGAACCCGAACCCGAACCCGAACCCGAACCCGAACCCGAACCCGAACCCGAACCCGAACCCGAACCCGAACCCGAACCCGAACCCGAACCCGAACCCGAACCCGAACCCGAACCCGAACCCGAACCCGAACCCGAACCCGAACCCGAACCCGAACCCGAACCCGAACCCGAACCCGAACCCGAACCCGAACCCGAACCCGAACCCGAACCCGAACCCGAACCCGAACCCGAACCCGAACCCGAACCCGAACCCGAACCCGAACCCGAACCCGAACCCGAACCCGAACCCGAACCCGAACCCGAACCCGAACCCGAACCCGAACCCGAACCCGAACCCGAACCCGAACCCGAACCCGAACCCGAACCCGAACCCGAACCCGAACCCGAACCCGAACCCGAACCCGAACCCGAACCCGAACCCGAACCCGAACCCGAACCCGAACCCGAACCCGAACCCGAACCCGAACCCGAACCCGAACCCGAACCCGAACCCGAACCCGAACCCGAACCCGAACCCGAACCCGAACCCGAACCCGAACCCGAACCCGAACCCGAACCCGAACCCGAACCCGAACCCGAACCCGAACCCGAACCCGAACCCGAACCCGAACCCGAACCCGAACCCGAACCCGAACCCGAACCCAACCAACCCGAACCCGAACCCGAACCCGAACCCGAACCCGAACCCGAACCCGAACCCGAACCCGAACCCGAACCCGAACCCGAACCCGAACCCGAACCCGAACCCGAACCCGAACCCGAACCCGAACCCGAACCCGAACCCGAACCCGAACCCGAACCCGAACCCGAACCCGAACCCGAACCCGAACCCGAACCCGAACCCGAACCCGAACCCGAACCCGAACCCGAACCCGAACCCGAACCCGAACCCGAACCCGAACCCGAACCCGAACCCGAACCCGAACCCGAACCCGAACCCGAACCCGAACCCGAACCCGAACCCGAACCCGAACCCGAACCCGAACCCGAACCCGAACCCGAACCCGAACCCGAACCCGAACCCGAACCCGAACCCGAACCCGAACCCGAACCCGAACCCGAACCCGAACCCGAACCCGAACCCGAACCCGAACCCGAACCCGAACCCGAACCCGAACCCGAACCCGAACCCGAACCCGAACCCGAACCCGAACCCGAACCCGAACCCGAACCCGAACCCGAACCCGAACCCGAACCCGAACCCGAACCCGAACCCGAACCCGAACCCGAACCCGAACCCGAACCCGAACCCGAACAACCCGAACCCGAACCCGAACCCGAACCCGAACCCGAACCCGAACCCGAACCCGAACCCGAACCCGAACCCGAACCCGAACCCGAACCCGAACCCGAACCCGAACCCUAACCCGAACCCUCACCCGAACCCGAACCCGAACCCGAACCCGAACCCGAACCCGAACCCGAACCCGAACCCGAACCCGAACCCGAACCCGAACCCGAACCCGAACCCGAACCCGAACCCGAACCCGAACCCGAACCCGAACCCGAACCCGAACCCGAACCCGAACCCGAACCCGAACCCGAACCCGAACCCGAACCCGAACCCGAACCCGAACCCGAACCCGAACCCGAACCCGAACCCGAACCCGAACCCGAACCCGAACCCGAACCCGAACCCGAACCCGAACCCGAACCCGAACCCGAACCCGAACCCGAACCCGAACCCGAACCCGAACCCGAACCCGAACCCGAACCCGAACCCGAACCCGAACCCGAACCCGAACCCGAACCCGAACCCGAACCCGAACCCGAACCCGAACCCGAACCCGAACCCGAACCCGAACCCGAACCCGAACCCGAACCCGAACCCGAACCCGAACCCGAACCCGAACCCGAACCCGAACCCGAACCCGAACCCGAACCCGAACCCGAACCCGAACCCGAACCCGAACCCGAACCCGAACCCGAACCCGAACCCGAACCCGAACCCGAACCCGAACCCGAACCCGAACCCGAACCCGAACCCGAACCCGAACCCGAACCCGAACCCGAACCCGAACCCGAACCCGAACCCGAACCCGAACCCGAACCCGAACCC